AUGAGAGGAGGUUCAUAUGCUGUCAGACUAUACAGAUGUCGGUGUGACUGUGGCAAGUACCAGGCCUUCAGUGUACCUUGCUCACGUGACAUUGCGGCAUGCGCACAUGCUCCUCAGGAUGCUUAUAGCCAUCUAUCUGAUGUUUACAAGGCGAUUAAUGUUAUGAAUGUCUACAGCAAAGGCUUCGCGGUGCUACCAAUGGAGGAAUAUUGGCCUUCAUACCAAGGUGACAUAGUUUGGCACAACGAUGGGAUGCGAAGAAAGAAAAAAGGACACCUAAACAACAAGCGUAUAAUAACCGAAAUGGAUACAGCUGAUAAAAUGAUAAGAUUAUGCAGUAUAUGUCGUCAGCCCGAAUACAACCAAAAAAAUUGUCUCAAUGUCGGAGCAACAUCUGCAUCAUGA